GACUGUGUACGUUCGAAUGAAGACCUGCCUUCUUGACAAAUCGUCCCAGCUGACAAAUGUUCUACGUUGAACCAACCAACCAAAAGAAUACAUUGUGAGGGGACCCCGAAGCCUUUGUAAUAACACACUUGAUCACCAACGCCUUGUAACAAUCAACGAUCUAUACGCGACAAUAUUCCAUACAGUGACACCCGCUCCAUCAAAAUGCAGACCACAUCUUCGCACACCGCGAACCCCUUCUCUCCCGGCUCCUCCACCCAGCCCGCCAUCAUCUUCCCCGCGCCCUUCACCCCAGGAACAACCGACAACUACUUCUCCAACGAAGUCUUCGCCGCCGGCGUCUCCGCAGCCCAGAUCUGGGCCCAGCUCGCCGAUAUCCGCAAAUGGACCACUUACUACAAGAACUGCGCACAGGUGACACCGCCCGACGAGGGCCCGCAGCUGCUCAAGGGCCGCGUGUUUAAGUUUAGCACGUUCGGGUUCGCGCCGUUGACGUGCGAGGUUCGGGAGAGCGUUGCGCCGGAGAGGGGGCGCGAGGGCAGACUGGCGUGGUACAGUCGGGUGGAGGAGGGCGUGGAGGUGUAUCAUGCGUGGCUUGUGCAGGAUGUUGGGGCCGGGCGAGUGAGGGUGCUGACACAGGAGAGUCAGAUUGGGCAGGUUUUCAAGGGUUGGAGUGCGCAGAAGCCGAAUCUGAUGCUGUUGGGACAUCAGGAUUGGUUGGAUGGCUUGGUGAGUAAGGCCUGGGGGGAGAAGAUUGGGGAGACGAAUUUGGAGGCUGUGGGGUUCUCUGUGGGACAACUUGUAGAGGACGAGGAGGUUGAAAAGCCCGCUGUGAAGUUUGGGGUCUAGCUGAAGCGA